GUCUCUGCUUUUUCUAGUUAGUGACGUGUCGUUUCCUCUCCGAAAAAUUAUCACCAUCCCAAAACUUGCAAAGAAACCCUCACUUCACGACUAGGGUUCAUCUCAGCUCCUCUCCAAACAGAAAGGAAAAUGAAACUAGCAGGUCUAAAAUCAAUAGAGAAUGCUCACGACGAGUCGGUAUGGGCAGCCACAUGGAUCCCGGCCACCGAGACCCGUCCCGCUCUUCUAAUGACUGGCUCACUCGACGAGACAGUUAAGCUUUGGAAGCCUGACGAGCUCACCCUGGAGCGCACCAACACUGGUCACUGCCUCGGCGUCGUUUCGGUUGCAGCGCAUCCUUCCGGGUCCAUCGCCGCGUCGGCAUCUCUCGAUAGCUUCGUUCGAGUGUUCGAUGUGGACUCCAACGCCAGCAUUGCUACUCUUGAAGCUCCUCCUUCUGAAGUUUGGCAAAUGAAGUUCGAUCCCAAGGGUACCACUCUAGCAGUUGCUGGUGGUGGUAGUGCAUCAGUCCAGCUCUGGGAUACAGAAAAAUGGAAGUUGAUUGCUACCCUGUCGAUUCCCCGUCAAGAAGGACCCAAGCCCACCGAUAAGAAUAGCAGCAAAAAGUUUGUACUAUCAGUGGCAUGGAGUCCUGAUGGGAAACGGGUUGCAUGUGGCUCCAUGGAUGGCACUAUUUCUGUUUUUGACGUAGCUCGAGCCAAAUUCUUACACCAUCUAGAAGGCCACUUCAUGCCUGUGCGGUCUCUUGUGUAUUCCCCUGCUGAUCCACGGGUGCUCUUUUCUGCAUCGGAUGAUGCCCAUGUGCACAUGUAUGAUGCUGAGGGGAAGAGUAUGAUAGCAGCCUUGUCAGGUCAUGCAAGCUGGGUAUUAAGUGUUGAUGCAAGCCCGGAUGGAGCAGCUAUUGCAACAGGCUCAAGUGACAAAACUGUAAGGCUAUGGGAUCUCGGCAUGCGGGCUGCUGUGCAAACAAUGAGCAACCAUGUAGAUCAAGUUUGGGGAGUGACAUUUCGACCACCAGGCGGUCCUGGUCCCCGUGCAGGCCGGCUUGCAAGUGUGUCAGAUGACAAAAGCUUAUCACUUUAUGAUUAUUCCUGAAUUAACCUUGGUAUUUUGGCCGUGUAAAAACAUAAAGGAUUUGCUGUUUUUACAAGACUUACUGCUGCUCUUGUUAUUUAUCAAAUUAUACCAAUGAGUUGAAUGGUUUUAGGUC